AUGUCUUGCUCUCAAAAGUCCUGCGAAGGCUGCUCAUGUAGCAGCAGCAACGCUACUCGACCCCCAGUUGAAAUUGAAGAUUGCAUCAGCGAGUUGCAAGCACUGCGGCGACGAAAUCAAGAGUUGGAGACUCGUUUGGGUCUCACUUCAGAACAAAAUGCACCUACCAUCACCAAGACGCCCGGUCGCACUCUCCGAUCCGCGGCAUGGUUCGAUUGUCGUAGCGACCCCGGCAUGACCGCCAUUUACAUGGAGAGGUAUUUCAAUUUCGGCAUCACACGAGAAGAGCUGAUGUCUGGCAAGCCGAUGAUUGGAAUUGCGCAGUCGGGGUCGGACCUUGCACCAUGCAAUCGACACCAUAUUGAGCUGGCGAAGCGGGUCCGGGAAGGGAUUCGCACAGCUGGUGGCAUUGCCAUUGAAUUUCCUACACAUCCAAUCCAAGAGACUUCACGGCGGCCAACUGCCACUUUGGAUCGCAAUUUGGCUUACUUGACUUUGGUGGAGAUUCUGACUGGGUAUUUCCUCGAUGGAGUGGUGCUUUUGACAGGAUGUGAUAAGACAACUCCAGCAUGCCUCAUGGCUGCUGCUACUGUGAAUAUUCCAGCGAUUUGUAUGAACGUUGGGCCCAUGUUGAAUGGCUAUGCCAAGGGCACGCUCGUAGGAUCGGGUGCUGUGUUGUGGAAAGGUAGAGAGAUGUAUGCUACCGGUGAGAUUGACGAGAAUCAGUUUAUGGAUUACAUCUCUCAAAGUACGCCUUCUGUGGGACACUGCAAUACCAUGGGAACUGCAUCGACAAUGAAUGCCCUUGCAGAGGCGCUCGGCAUGGCUCUUCCAGGCUCCGCCGCGAUCCCUGCAGCUUAUCGUCACAGAGCUCAAUGCGCUUACGAAACCGGCAAACGUAUCGUGGAAAUGGUCGACCUUGACCUCAAACCUAGCGACCUGAUGACCCGCCAAGCGUUUGAAAACGCCAUUGUUGCAAACGGAGCCAUUGGCGGCAGCACCAAUGCCCCUAUUCAUCUGAAUGCCAUUGCCCAACACAUGGGGGUGGAGCUGUCCAUGGACGACUGGGAUACGAUCGGAUCACGAAUCCCUUUAUUAUUGAACAUGCAGCCGUCGGGUGAAUAUCUGGGGGAAGAAUAUUUCCGGGCUGGGGGUCUACCGGCCAUCAUGGCCGAGCUUCUGGAUGCGGGUAAACUUCAUGGGGAUGCGCUGACCUGCAAUGGUCGCACAAUUGCCGAGAAUGUCAAGGAUAAGCAUUCAUGGGAUCGGAAGGUGAUUCGUCCCUACGAUGAUCCAUUGAUGAAAGAUGCAGGAUUUGUUCAUCUCAAGGGGACACUAUUUGACUCGGCCAUCAUGAAGACCUGCGUCAUCUCCCCCGCGUUCCGUCAACGAUACCUGUCCAACCCCCAAGAUCCAGAGGCCUUUGAAGGUCCAGUGGUCGUCUUCGACGGCCCAGAAGAUUACCACAGCCGCAUUGAAAAUAUGCCCGAGAUUGACGACCAGACGGUCCUGAUCAUGCGUGGCGUUGGACCUCUGGGAUACCCUGGUGCCGCCGAAGUGGUCAACAUGCAUCCGCCAAGCCAACUUCUCAAGAAGGGUGUCGACGCCUUGUUCUGCAUCGGCGAUGGCCGCCAGUCUGGAACGUCGGGGUCCCCAUCUAUUCUCAACGCCAGCCCAGAGGCAGCAGCCGGUGGAAAUUUGGCCAUUCUUCGAAGCGGAGAUCGGAUCCGCAUCGAUUUGCCAAAGCGACGAGUGGAUCUUCUCAUGAGCGACGAGGAGAUUCAGGAUCGGAGAAAGGAAUUCUUUUCCAAGGAGUACCCUCUGGUUCCAAGUAGCACGCCUUGGCAAGAGAUCUUCAGACAGGAAACAGAUCAACUUUCGGCUGGGAUGGUGUUGAAGAAAGCAGUCAAGUAUCAACGUUUGGCGCAGACCAAUGGUCCGCCGAGACAUAAUCAUUGA